UGACCUCUCUCGGUGUCCCACACGGUUGCUCCCUCCCAGAUGGAGCACAACAGUGAUUCUGUUACAGAGCCGCAGAUCGCCGACUGAAGAACCACCCUCUCACUCGCCGACUCACACCUCCCUAAACCCUAACUCUCUCUCUCUCUCUCUCUCUCAUUUCUCUUUACAAAAACUGAGAAAACGAAAUCCAAAAUGCUCCGAGAUGGUCAAGAAACCCCCUCCAGAUACGAACUCCUCAGCAUGGUCAAGAAGCACUCCACCUUGUUGGGCAAAACAGUCGUCGACGCCUCCGAUGUCGAAAUGGACCCCCGAUUCUGGCACGACGUCUUGGACCUGUACUUCGUCCGCGGCAAAGACUCCCGCCGCCGCCAGGACGAUGAUCUCGUCUUCUUCGUCAGGAAACUGAGCUUGCAGGGCUUCAACGACGACGUUCCGCCUUACUUUGUACGCAGGUGGGCGCCUAAGUUGGAUGACUUGAUGGGUGACAAGUCUUUAGAGGUGGAUUGGAGGCGCUCGUUUCACUUGAAUUUGAUUGCUCAUACUACAUUUACUGUAACUGUCGCUAUUUGCAGUCAUCAGGACCUUCGGAACCACCAAGCUGAGCAAGAUAAACCAUUAUCUCCGAUAUACAAGGUUGUUAAGACUGUUUAUGCAUCUCCCAGCCGAGUCAACUUUCAUUUGGACUCGCAAAAGGAAGUGGAGACAACACCUGCCUAUCCAGAUAUUUGUUUUGCUGUCGAUGACUUUGACUCCACUUUUGAUGCUGUGGUAUUGACUGAAACAGACCAUUGUUAUUGUGUGAUACUUAAUGCACAUGAUGGGGCAGCAUUUCCUAUGGCAAAGGAGCCUGAUGAUUGUAGUUCUAGUGAUACUUCCUCUCUAAAGGUUGACACUAGUUCUGCAAAGGCGAAAAGUUCUAAGCUAACUCUUUUUUCGGGAUUUGUCAGCUAUCAAAUGGUACGAGAUGCUUAUGAUGCCGGAAAGUCUCGAUUUGGGAACCUUUUGUCACUUGCUCACUCCCCUGGCAAACAAGAUAGACUGUACAUGAAAGGUCCUGGAGGCCGUGGGGAAGUUGAAGUGGCUGUUUCUGGUGUUGUAGAUCAGAGCCAGCAAGAUGCAGGCCCGUUUUCACCUGUGACAUCCAAGAAAGGAUUCGGAAUCGGCUUUAUGGUUUGUAAAGCAGCUUCUGUUGCAUCUGUUGCAGCAAAGAAUGCCUAUGCAGCUGCUGCUUCUAGCCAUAGUUUUGAUGAGGAGAUGAUCCCUCUCAAAUGCUGCUUGAUGUCCAUUUCAUUACCGUGGGAACACAUUGCAUAUGAUCUUCUUUUUAAGGGGACUCCUCCAGUGAACUUGUAAGCGGCAUAUUACGUACAUUCUCGCUGGCAAUGAAUAUUAAAGAUGAUAAUGUACCUCCAAGAAGAAAACAAGUGAUGAGUGGAGAUGUUCACCUCCCCUGCGAUAAAAGUAAAGAUUGGAAAUCAGACUGCGCAAAGGGCCUCUGUAGAACACUUUUAUGCUUCAUACAUACAGAACCAAGCAACAUGUUACUUUCAUUUGAGGUUUAGGGAACACUAAAGUCCUACAUUUGUAUAUAUUUUGGUGAGUGGAAGCACUUUGUAUUACCCUGUUAUGGUACUCGUAGGCUGAUAGCUCUCCUGUUUCUUUUAUGCCUAAUGCGCUAUGUGAUUUGUGGCCAUAAAAGGAAAGCAAAUCCUGACCACUGAAACAGAACAUGAUCUCUUUCUAUCCAAAAGUGUGGAUGAUAUUAUCUCCAUUUUCUAAUUGGAAAUGCUGCAUU